GGUAUUUGUACUUUUGGCGCAAAACCGUUAUCGACGUUUCCUGGACGACGAGAAUACCCGUGGUAGCACAACAAUAAACGCAUUCGAACAACGUUACCGCGUACGUAAGAAUGUCGUCCUUUGUCGAGCAACCGCUAUUCGAACGCGAAAUCGCGAUUCCAGCCAAGUUGCCAAUAAUCUUGAAGCAAUUUUGCAAAGCUGCGAUACGCACGCAGCCCCACGAUCUUCUCAAGUGGUCCGGUUCGUACUUUCGCGCACUGGCUGAUGGCGAGGAACCGCCAGUCAAAUCGCGACUUGAAUACCCACCGCCGAGUACAGCCUCCGGAUUAACGUUGGGAUUUCUCAAAGUACUGCUUCGACAAUUUGGAAAUUACAACAAGAUACUACCCAUCGAGAUAGUUUCGCAUCGUUGGGAUUGUCUCUGCUUGGAUCGAAAGGACUUUGACGCGAUCGUAGCGAUCGGAAAAUUUCAACGCACGUGUCAAGUGAAAAAAUUUCUGGCUAUAGCGGUGGGCUUUCUUGGAGCUAAUCUCACCGAGACAAUGAUUAUGAUUUGUCAAUUGUUCACCCACGAACCGGACGGAGGAUCCGCGAUGAUACCGCUCACUUUAUUUAUGGAAACAUAUGAAUAUUUAGCAGGACUCGCUUGCGAUGGUAGUGAGAAAAGUACAUGCGAUCAAAAUGUGACAGAGCAUUCCGCAUGUAAAGAUAGUUCUGUCGAUCGUACCUGCUCCAUAAAUAGUCAAGAUACCGAUGCGGACAUUAAUUUGGAUUCGGAAUUAAUGACCAAGGAUGAAAUUGUUUCAUCGAAAACCGAUUUGUCGACAGAACCAAUGAUGAACAGUUCGUUCGAAAGGGAACUUACUAAUUAUGAAGAAAAAGAAACUGAAGAAUCUUUGGCUAGUCGAAAAAACGAUUUGAUCAGCAAUGAUUCGGCAAAGAAUGAAGAUGAUACAAUCGAUAAGAAAUUCUGUGAAACUGAUGACGCCAAUAGUAAUGGAAGUCCAUUUUUUGAAGUCGAAAAAGUCGGAGAGAUUAUGUGUCAUUUAAAUGUACCAGGUAUAGGACCUCGUUUUCCAACUGAACGAAUCGUAAACGUAGCGACAUGGAUGCAUAAGUGCGCAAAGCUUCAAGAGGGUAUGGUAGGACCGCGAAAUAUCCGACACCCAAAUUGUCCUCCUUUGCAUGAAUAAUUGUAUCGUGGACAUUCUGUUAUUUUAUAACAAUAGAUAUGGAGAACGCAACUGUAAAAAGAAAAAUGAUAUACAGGAUGUCUGCAGUCGAUCGCAUUACUCGUCGUGUGCAAGUAGAGCAGAUAAAAUUGAGAAAAGUCCUGUAUUUUUUUCUAUAAUGUUUAAUAAAAAAAUUAUUAUUGAGUAAAAU